UUGUUUUCUUAAAGGACGCUGGAGCGUGCGGUGUCAUUUUUUAACAUUCCACGAACAUUACUGUUGCCUUACGACAUACUGACAAGCGAAUGGAUAAACACCCCAAAAUGAGAGCUAAGAAGACGUUCAGAAACGAUGAAAAGGGCUCAACAACUGAUGAACCGGUACCAAAACGUGCCAAAACAGACGAAAAUUGUAUUUGGAAGAAACCCGGUCCCGCUGUCAAAGCUCAACGAGUCAGUGAACCAACUGAAGUUAACCGCUUGACAACUCACAGACAAGAUCAGCCACAAGAUGAAGGUUUUAACUCGAGCAACAGGUCAUUAACAGAAGAGCUUGGGGUUAAACAGGACAACGCCGACUGGGUUACAUUUCCACUUUACUCUUCAGGUCAAACUUCAAUGGCGCUAACCACUGAUAACGCAAUUUCUCAGGGUUUCUCAGUUAAAGACACGCCGCAGUCAUUUAACGGCAAUUUGUCCAGUGAGGCGCCUUUCCCAAAAAUAACCUAUCAGCCAAUCAGCGAGACUUAUUUUCCGAUAGCAACCCAUCAGCCAAUCAGCGCGGCGUCUGUAAUAAACCGCGAGCCAAUCUGCGAGGCUUCUGUGCAGGUCAAUACCCGAGGUCUGAACUUCACUCAGCCGCCUUCUGGAGCAGAAAGUGAGGUGGCAAGAUCUCAGAACAAAACAGUUUCUAUCAAAAGGCCCAUGAAUGCCUUCAUCUUAUGGUCAAAGAUCCACCGACCCGCCUUGUCUAAGGCCAACCCAUACGCCAGCAACUGCGACAUCAGUGUUCAGCUAGGGUUAGAAUGGCACAAACUGUCUGAAGAGCAGAAGAAGCCAUACUACGAAGAAGCUCGCAGAAUCAUGGCACAACACAUGGAGAAGUACCCAGAUUGGGUCUAUCAGCCAUGCAGAGUGAAAAAGAAGCAUUCCGCAUCCAGAAGGCCACCGGUCGUCCCUGCGACCCAAGUCUCCACACCCUUCAUUCUGACAUGGGCACAGAGACCUAACCCUUACCCAGAGCCCCUAACAUCAGCGAGAGGGCAGAACAGUCUAAAUUCUCCAG